AUGAUCAAAGAAAAUCAAACACCCAUUAAUAAGGAGGAAUUGAAAAAAUUAAAUCAAAUUUUAUAAUAGCUUAUAGAUUCAAAUGAUAGUUUAGAAUUUCGAUAACCUGUUGAUCAUAAAACACUAGGUUUGCAUGAUUAUUUAAGUGUAAUUAAAAAACCUAUGGAUUUGGGUACUUGUUAGAAAAAAUUAUAAAAUUCAGAGUAUAAAUGUGUAGAAGAAUGUUUAAAUGAUAUCUAAUAAAUAUGGGAUAAUUGCAAGUUGUAUAAUGGUCCUUCAAGUGUAAGUAUAUAUUCUUAUUUUAGUGGAUUACUAAACUAUCUGAGAAAUUAGAAAAAUCCUUUAAAAAAUAUGUGAAAAAUUAUCUUCCAUUAAUUAAUAUACCUUAAAGUUCAAUAAAAGUUAAAAAGGUUACUGAAGAAGUAGUUUAAGAAGAAACUCAAUAAACAAUAUCACAUAAUGAGAAAGUUGAGUUCUCAAACAAUCUGAAAUAAUUAAAUCCUGAUUAAAUAGGUGCUUUAGUUAAGAUCAUUUAGACUAGUAGUCCAAGUGCCUUUGUUGAAGUUAACAAAGAGAGAUUCUAAAUUAUCAUAGAUAAUAUUGAUUUUGAUACUUUUACAAAAUGUUAGAAUUAAAUUUAAUCUUGGAUGAAUGGAGAGGAAAUAAAUAAGAAGGUGAAAAUAUGA